GGAUCUCGAACGCAUUGCGCGACGACGUGCAGGCUGCAUUCGUCGCAGAGAGGGCAGCCCGGUACGUCUUCUCGUCGCGUGACAAACGCUGCCCCGGGUGACGGCUGCCCGUGGAAUUGCCAAUGUCAGCAUAAUUUGCACAGCUUUGCUAAAAAGCCAUAGGAUGCGCAAGCCAUGGCUUUGGCUCCUGGCCGCGGCGGCGGCGGCCCAGCAUACAAAGCCCGUCUCCGACGCGGAGGCGCUCGUUGCCCUGACGGGCCUCUUCCGGCGCGCGCCGGCCAAGGCGGCCGCCCUCGUCGACGCCGCGCGGCGCGCCGCCGGCCACGCCGCAGCGGCGGCCGAGCGACGACCACCGCCCGCGCCGCAAGCGCCACCACCGCCCGCGCGGCCGGCGGCGACGCCACCACGAUCAACAAACCGGAGCCGCUUCUCGUGGCGCGACGCCCAGUUAUCCUUCCGAACAUGCAUGAACGGCACGACGCCGGAAGUACGACAGGACCGCUACGCGUACUGGGCGAGCUCGUCGGCAUUAGGUAAUGCGUUGAACGGCUGGAUGCAUAUCUUCCUCUACGCGUUGGCGUCGGGGCGGCAACCGGUCGCCGGCAAGGGCGCGGGCCCGGAAUUGCUCUGCGGGACGCACGGCGCCUUCAUUUGUGGCAUACCCUAUAGAUCAAACGGCUGGGUCACUUCUCAAAGCCACCGCGGCAUCGACGGCGACUGGACGCCGUCGGAGCAUAUCGUGCACCAAGGCCCGUUGGUCUGGUACCGCUACAUGGGCGCGUCUACCUCGACAAAAAGAGGAGGCAAAGGUACUGACAGAAGAAGGAUCGUGCAGUGCUACGGCCAGGCGCUGCGGUGCCCCUCGCGGAAGCUCGACGGGGAGUCUUGUUUAAUGGUGAGGGCGAUGCAGUUGCUCUUACCUGGUUCACGGUUGAGACCGGAGUUUUCGAGUGCGGCGUUGGUCGAAGCUCGGAGGCGGUGGCGCGGCUCGAUCGAAGAGUUCCAGCAAGUGACGGCGCCGAGGGACUGGUCCCAUGGUGAUUUGGUGUUUUACGACCCGCCGCUCCGAGAGGACAUGGACACGAGAUGGGAGGGAGGUUUGCACGUGCGACUCCAGCCCCCGAAGCUCGAAGGACAUCAAAAUGAUGCGGACUUCGAUACGUUCAUCCAGCGCCUCACGAACGCGUCGUUCGUCGACCCGCUGCCGAAGGACUUCCGAAGGCCGUCCACGAAGCUCUGGAGCUGCUCCGCGGCGUCCGCGCGUACGCACGCGGAGCACGUCGGGGUUACUUCGAUAACAUCUUCCUUCCUGGCGACGGACACGAAGGGUCUUUGUAAUGCUGCCCGCGCCGCGUUGCUAGCAAGGAACUCGUCCCACCAAAUCGCGUGCAUGGACAUGGCACCCGUGCAUUUAACAAGACAGACGGACCAUAGACCGGUGUCGAAAGGUACCGAUGAUGGACUAGAUGGGCACCAGGCCGUCAUUCUGGACUGGUACCUCUUACAACGCUCUCGAUGGCUCGCGCCGGUCGCUAGAAGUAAUUGGCAGUGCCACCACGGCGCGCGGCGCGACGACACGCACGGCGUCGACAAGCCCGGUGCGUCGUUCUACGGCUGGGCCCUCGCCGCGGCGGGCCUCGUGCCGCUGGGGCCGCGCUGGCCGCGCGUCAACUGCGGGUGUAGGGUGGAUUCGGACAAGAUCUCGGUCUUCGCCUUGCCGCGACGGGAGCAGGGCUAAUUUUCCACAAAA